ACGAGCCGUGUCAAUCAUUCGCCUCUCCGUCAGCCUCCUUUCCAUCGCCAUAUUGGGCCGGGGGGCCGGAGAAGGCGCCCUCCCUCCCGCCUUCCUCGGGGCUCCUUCCUAGCCCGGCUCCGCUUCUUCCGCCAGCCGCCCGGAGCCCCAAACAGGUCCUCCUCUUCCUCCUCCUCGCCGCCGGGGCUCCUCGGACGUCUGCCCGGCCGCUUUUCUCUCCUCGUCGUCGUUCGUCUGAGGCGGCGGCGUCUCCCGGACCUGCGGAAGAAGCGCUCCGGCAAGCAGCGGCCGCUUCCUUCAGUGGGGAUUUGUUUUCCCCUCACGAACCGCGCUCGGUUCUCCGUCGCUGCCCGCCUCCCCGGCUUAUGCGAGGCUCCGGCCGGCAGGGUUGCUGCGCGCUGUCCGCCCGGGAAGCGCUCCCUCGGCUGGGUCCAGCGGAAAGGCCGCCCGCCGUCGCCGUCGCCGUCGCCGCCGCCUUCUCCUCUUCCCCGAGCGGGACGCCGAGCCCCUCACCCGCCGCCGCCUUAGCGCCGUGGCCGGCUGCGCGGCGGGCCAUGUCGAAAGUGCGUGUCUCGAAUGGGAGCCCGACCCUGGAGCGGAUGGAAGGCCGGCCGGCGGAUGGCCCCAAGCCCUCGGCGUGCCGCUGCCUCUUCGGCCCCGUCGACCGGCAAGAGCUGGCGCGCGAGUGGCAGGAGCAGAGCCGCCACUUGGAAGAGGCCGGCCGGAGGCGGUGGAACUUCGACUUUCGGCGCGAGCAUCCCCUGGAGGGCCGCUUCGAGUGGCAGGCGCUGGAUAGGGCGGCGCUGCCCGACUUCUACAGCCGACCCCCGCGGCUCGGCGGGGCCCGGCCCAAGGCUGACGCCCGGGAGCGGCGCCUGGAGCUCAACGGAGACCGCUCGCCGUCUAGGGGGCUGCGCUGCGCUCAGGCACCGGCCGAGGAGCAGGAGCCCGAACCGGAGUCCCAGCAGCAGGACGGGGCCCCGCUAACCCUUAGCUCCGGCCCGAGGAAGCGACCUGCCGCCGAUGAUUCCUCUCCUCAAAGCAAAAGAGCCAACACAAUUGAAGAAAUCUCGGAGCGUUGCGGGGAGCCACCCAUGGCCAGCUCAGAGGAACAAACGCCCAAGAAGAAGACCACAUCCAGUCCGAAGCGGUGUCAAACGUAAAUCUGGUUGUUGUAGAGAAUCAAGAAUAUUUGUUUCCUUGUAUUUGGAAGGAGGCAAAUGAAGCCAAGAAAAAUCCAGCACUCGCAUUCACAUGUGCACCUGUACAUGUAUGAAUGAAUGAUCGAAAGAAGAAAACAUAUCACUGAUUCUCCAUCGGAUGGGGAAUCCUUGAAGCACUGAAAAGAAACCACCUGCAAAGGAAUAACACUAUAUCAGGCUGUCUUAAAAAGAGUCUGCCUCUUAAAAGCAAUGGAUGUAGCAUCUCCAAUUAGGUUUUUCCUCAUUUGCUUCUUUGUACUACCUGUGUAAAUAGUUUUUACAUUAUGUAGCACAUAAAUCUUUCUCCCCUCUUCGGCAGGGGGCGGAGGAGUUUUGGGGAGGGAUUUUAUUUGUUUUGGGAAGGGGUGGAGCUAAUAAAAGGUGGUGGGUUCGAAAUCUGCUUCCAAACCCCAGGAAGAAGCAGGUGUGUAUUAAAGGAACAUUGUCCCCCUUUUGUGUGUGUGUGUGUGUGAAAGUCCAAGGUAAUAAAAGAAAUUGGCAUUUAAUCAUAGUUUUCCAGCAGGUUAAUGAAUCCGCUGGUGAAAUUUAUGUGUCAAGGACACAAUUGGAGAAAUGUUUGCCUGCGAUGGCCUCGCUGGAAGAGAUGGGAGCUUUGGGGAAGUACCCAUUUUCUAAGGUGGCUUGAGAUGCUUUGAGAUCACACAGGACAAAAUUUUGUGUAGGAGGCCCAGUUCUCUGCAGAGGUGCAAAAGGGGAACACACUUAAGGGGCAUUUUGUUGUUGGCCUCCUUACUUUUUAAAAGUCCUGCCCAACAACAUGUACAGCAUAGAGGAGAAAUUAAUAAAUUCUUGACGUCCAAAAUCUUAUUUGCUCACUUUUCUGGCCCUUCAUUAAGUGGGUAAAUGAAAAGGAAACAGUAUUUUUUUUUUUUUUACAUUUUCUGGGUGGGGUUUUUGUUUUUUUUUGAAAAAAAAAAGUUUUGAAAUGUACCUGUGUACAUAACUGUAAAGACACUGAGAAAUUAUACUAACUUAUUUAUGUUAAAAGAUUUUUUUUUUUUAAUCUAGAAGAUAUUUUCCCAGAAAGCCAAAGUGGCGUGUGGUUUUUUGUGCAUUUGUAAAUGCUCUAUUUGGUAGGGGAUUUUUGUUGAUGUUGUUAGCCUCUGCGGGGAGUUUGUUUUGUUAAUUAAUAUGGCUGUGCUUAAAAAUGAUUGCAGACUGAGCCAGUUCAAUUUUUUUUUCUUUUGUAAUGUGCAAAAAAAAA